UUUUCCCCUCUUCUGUCGUGUUGAACCGAAGCAAAGCUGGAGUCAGCGGUGCACUGUCCGCAACCGGAGCCGCAGCAGUUCCAGUGGAGCGGCACCGAGCGGCAGCCUCCGCCCUGGACCGAUGAACUGGCUGAGAUGUCCCGGCAUAUCUACACUCGACACGGGAUAGGGGAGGGGGUGCAGAAGCCAGUGUUUCAGGCUAACAGAGGGACUUACUCUAGACGCAGUCGACUGAAGAGAUCUGAUGGCAGCACCACGUCUACCAGCUUCAUCCUUAGACAGGGCUCAGCUGAUUCCUACACAAGCCGACCGUCUGACUCGGAUGUGUCCCUGGAGGAGGAGAAGGAGGGCGGCCGGCAGGAGAGGGAGCAGCAGGCCACUGUUCAGCUUGAGAGGGCAAAGACUAAGUCGGUGGCGUUUGCUGUGAGGACAAAUGUCAGCUACUGUGGCGCUCUGGAUGAGGAUGUUCCUGUGGCCGGCACCGCUGUCAACUUUGAUGCCAAGGACUUCCUCCACAUCAAAGAGAAGUACAACAAUGACUGGUGGAUCGGCCGUCUGGUGAAAGAAGGCUGUGACAUCGGCUUCAUCCCGAGCCCCCUAAAGCUGGAGAACAUCAGACUCCAGCAGGAGCAGAAGAGAGGACGCUUCCAUGGCAGCAAGUCAAGCGGGAAUUCCUCCUCCAGUCUUGGAGAAAUGGUGUCAGGGACGUUCAAGCCAAAUCCAAACUCUGCAGGAAAGCAGAAACAGAAAGUGGCUGAGCACAUCCCUCCCUAUGACGUGGUUCCCUCCAUGAGGCCGGUUGUCCUGGUGGGACCGUCUCUGAAAGGUUAUGAGGUGACAGAUAUGAUGCAGAAGGCGCUGUUUGACUUCCUGAAGCACAGAUUUGACGGGAGGAUAUCCAUCACACGGGUAACAGCUGACAUAUCAUUGGCCAAGAGGUCAGUACUAAACAACCCCAGUAAGAGGGCCAUCAUUGAGAGAUCCAACACCCGCUCCAGCCUUGCUGAGGUCCAGAGCGAAAUAGAGAGGAUCUUUGAGCUGGCUAGGUCUCUGCAGCUGGUCGUGUUGGAUGCAGACACCAUUAACCAUCCAGCACAGCUCAUCAAGACCUCAUUAGCACCAAUUAUCGUCCAUGUUAAAGUGUCCUCGCCUAAGGUGCUCCAGCGACUGAUCAAAUCAAGAGGGAAAUCUCAAAGCAAACACUUGAAUGUGCAGCUUGUUGCAGCAGAAAAACUAGCACAGUGUCCUACUGAGAUGUUUGAUAUAAUCCUGGAUGAGAACCAGCUGGAGGAUGCGUGUGAACACCUGGCAGAGUACCUGGAGGCAUACUGGCGGGCUACCCACACUUCACUAAGCACACCACUCAACCCCCUGCUGGGACGCAAUCUGGGCUCCACAGCGCUCUCUCCAUAUCCUGCUGCCAUUCAGGCCCAAAGAAACCGAAACAGCAACCACACCACAACAGACCACUCCCCUGUUGAACGCCGCAGCCUGAUGCCUGCUGAUGAAAACUACCAUAAUGAACGGGCAAGGAAAAAUCGCAACCGUCUAUCCUCGGACUCACAGCACAGCCGAGACCAUUCCCCUCUCGUAGAGGAGGACUACCAGGACCCCUACCAGGAUUCCUACAAGCCUCAUCGCAAUCGAGGAUCCCCAGGAGGCUACAACCAUGACUCCAGGCAACGGCUUUGAGCUCUCUUAACCAAGUGUAGGCCUGUAUUUCUCUUUACGACCACUAUGGACGGAAGAGUCGAGGCCCUUUGAUGUAACAUGAAGAAAAUUACUACACUCAUGUGGACUGUGACAACCUUGUAUUGAUGUGUAGUACCUCUUUUCCCUCUGGCCUUGGCUCCGACCAAAUGAAAACAUAAAAAAUAAGAAUUCUGCUUCAUGCUUUGAGUCAAACAAAGGAAAAGACUGGAUGUGAAAGUAGCACAAGAUUAGACAAGAACGAAGCUGGACCUGAUCUAAAUAUUCCCCAGAUGUAGCCUGUGAGUUAAGUACACUUGCAGGUGGUCGAUAUAGGCUCUCCUGGACCCUUCCUGCCAUCUCAGCUGUUACUGUAGCAUGCAGGUAGGACUGUUCAGGUCACUACUUGCCUCAGCCAAACAGCAAGAGCAUCCAGCAGUGAUGAUGAACACAGAACCUGUUUGCACGCGUUCAGGAGCUGCUAGAAGCAGAACAAAAUGCAUCUUUAAUGCUCCUCUAGUUUGUUUGCCACAGUCCUUGAUGUGAGUGUAAUAAAUCCUGUGGAAGCCUGUUCCCAAAUCCAGAGUUUAAAACAUUUGUUUAUGAACAUGGAUAGUGUUUUGUUUAAUUCCUGGUUCAUACAGUAGCUCUUUGGGCCCCCUUUUUGUUAUUUCAUCAACCAUUUAAAGACAGAAUAUUACAACUCCUGCAGAUACUUAUACAAAUUACAGUUAAAAACCUCAAGAUUGAGGCUUUUUAUUUCUUUACAUUUUUGUCAAUCCGUAAGAAGAGAAAUAUAUGUAAGUAUAAAAAUCUAUCGGAUAGAUAUAUAUAUAUAUAUAUAUAUUUGAAAGCUCCAACCCUCAGGAAUCAGAGGUUUAAAUGACGUUAAGUGUUUAACAGAUGUAGCGUUCAUGUUCCUACCCAUCUGAAGUAAAUUUAAUUCCUGAUUAUUAUGAUUUAGAUGAUCCAAAUAGAAAUAAGUCACAAGUAAGGUCAAGCCAGCAUCUUUUUGUCAUAUAAAUAUUCCAUAAAUGUAUGUACUGCUGUCAUCUGAUAUUUUCUUGGCAGGACAUUAAAGUUAAUAUUUAAUUCAAUUAAACUGGAUUUUAAUGAAUGAUUGAUAUUGAGCGCUUCCAUGUGUAAAUACUGUCAAAAUAAUCAAAGGAAAGAGACUAAAGCAUAUAAGGUAUGAUAAACUAUCCGUAUUGUUUCUCUUUUUAAAACCUUUCAGAUACUUUCCAACAUCAAGAAAAAAACUUUCUCUGCCAUAUUUCAUGAUCAAAUUUAAUGAAAAUACACUGAAAUGUUUUCUUUGAGUAGCAACUUCAACUGCCCCAGUUUUAGCCAAAGCUUUGUUAUCUUUAUUACUGUAGGACUGCAACUGAAUUCAUCAAAAGUCUUUUACAUGCUACUUUUUUAGGAAAUGUGAAAAAGUUCCCUUAACUUUCAAUCGAAUAGACUUUCUGAUAAACUGCCAAAAAUCACAAGGUUAAUACUUUUAAACUUUUAAACAACAUUUUUUUCAAUUCUCUACUUUGAGUGGUCCUUUUAUUUUCUUUCAGUUCAUACGUCAUGAAUUCCAUUGUGCUCCAGUGAUCCUGGAAAACAACUAUUGACUUCUGUUCUAAUAUGCCAUAUACAGUAGCUUUUACUGUUGUUGUUUCAGCAUCUGGAGCAACAGCUUAACAUAAGAGUUAAAUACUGCCUGUGAGAGAAUGAUGCAUUUAUUAGAAGUUUGUGUGCACUGUCAUUUUACAAUUGUAAUGAA